AUGGCAGAACAGACCGAGGAAGAGCCCAAGAAAACAUCGCCGCCCAAGUCGCUUCUGGACUUCGUCGGAGAAAAAUUCCAUGGGAGCUCGGCAGAGGGUUGCGUCAAAUACGUUCUUCAAGCCGAGUUAGAUGAGCUGGCAAAGCAUCAGAAAACACAUACGAAGUUCCUCGAGCAGGCCGAAAAGUACAAUAACUGGCAGCGCAUCCACGAUGCCAAACUAUCAACGGUGGGAGAAAGGGACCGGAUUGUUCAGGAUGAGAAGGCCGACGCCGGCAAGAGAAUUCGGGAGAUGGAGGCCCAGCAAGCUGAAUUGGAAUCUGCCCGUCUCAGUCUGGAGAAUCAGCGUGUUGGGGCUGAGUGGAUGAAAAGAAAUUUUGGGGAAAUCUUCAGGCGCGGCUCGGCGUUCGUCUUCCACAUGGACGCCCGCGAGAAGCAUCUCGAGCAAAAGGUCAAGGAGAUGGAGCAGCGGCGAAAUAAGAAGAGGCGGGCCACUGAUCAGACGAAAAGACGCACGCCAGGUCGAAAGCAGAGGGCCAACACAAUGGCUUCUAACGCUUUCCUGAAGGCGCGAGACGAGCUUGCUGUGCCAAUGGCUCGCCGCAUACCACGAUUGAAUCCUCAGCCCAAAACUAUGUCUGAUAAAUCCAGUGGGAUUACGUGGCACAAUGCACGAAGAAUAUUUAAGAACGGCCCGAACGAGGGUGACCUUCAUUUGGGAGUCGAUAGUGACAACAAGAUCGUCAAGCGUAUAGUACAGAAGACUGUCGACGCAAGAGUGACAUGGAGAUUACCAUGUAUAUUUCGUGGCGACUUGAAUGGUAAGGGUUCUAUUUACCCUUUGGAAUGGCUCACACAUUCGCUCGCAAGCAAUGCCGACGGCGGCGCCCGCUCCAUCCUGCCUGUACUGGGAACUGGCCAUGUCAAUCAAAGUCAGAAGAGCUACAGGAUGUGCGUCCAGUAUGCUGCGUGUCGCGACUUGAAUGACGUGGCUUGGCGGUACGAGAGACGAGGGCAAUCCAUUCCCACACCGUUCUUAUACUUCGUCUUCAAAAGCGUGGUGGAUGCGUGCCUGAUCAUGAAGCAAGGAAGCAGCACGGCGAACUCGCCCGUGAAAGACUGGACAGAAGAGAUUGUGCAUCGCGAUCUCAAGCCUGACAAUGUCUUCCUUGACUUGCCCGAUCCUGACCAUUUUCCAAUAUACCCCCAGCCGAAGGUGGCGGAUUUUGGUCUCGCGUUCUUGACGUCGGCGGAAGAUCAGACUAAUCCAGCCUACUGGGCGAAUGCGGUCGGUACUAAGGGAUAUAUGCCACCUGAGCAAAUACCGUUCGAGGAUCCACUGAAUCGGAAAGCGGUGGAUGAUUUCAAGAUCUUGUCGGACUGCAACGUAUGGGGCAUUGGAGCCAUCAUGCUGAAGCUUCUCGAUCCAAAAUUUAAUAUCGAAAGCAAUCAGCCGACAUAUUGCCCGGGAAGAAGCUUUGGAUACGUUGUGCCGGACCGCCUGCAAAACAUCUAUCCCCGGGAUUUGUGCCUGCUGGUAGAUGAUUGCUUGUACCACGAACCUGAACAUCGGGUGACGCUUGAGGUCCUUCAGCAGGAGAUUGCUCGGCUCAUCGAGCAGGAUCUUUAUAUGAGGAAUGCGAGUGCGGGCCAGCGGGAUGUAUGGAGAGACGGCCUGUAUAAAUUGUUGUACGCGGACGAGGAUGGUUAUUUGCUUGGGAUGACAUAUGAGCCACCGCAGGGAAGUUAG